GAGCACGCAAAGAGCUGUAACGGUUGUCAGCGGGAGUAGCAUUGUAUCCUCGGACUGGGUGGUCCUGCGGAGCAAAUGAACGAAUAUUCACUUCUAUGAAUCACUGGUCAAUUCUGAUACAUGGAGAUGCACAUACUGAGAAAAACCAUGAAGAAACUUGAAUCAUUAGGCAGUCGUGGUCUAGAGUUAGACAAGGUAUUUGUCUAAUGCGAAUCAUAGCAGACGGAGCGUACAUUACUCAGCGGAAGGAUUCCUGGUAUAUCUUUUUGUCUCUACAUCCGGUUUUCGGGCGGGUGACCUUGUACAGAUACACGCAUAGCGUGCCAAAAUACCGCAGUCGUAGAGCCAUCUGGAUGCUCUCAGUGUGCAACCCUGACUGUGAUAUCAAGGUUCAGCGCCAUUUGCUGCGUCAUAAGGUUGGUAACGAGUGAUCACUGCAAGUCACAGCCAUGGGGUUUAAAAUUAAGUGCGUACCUGUUUUGGACAAAAUGAUAUGCUGUUGCUGUUCCUGCAACCUGAAGACUGCAACGAUCAUUCUAGGAUGGAUUAGUUUGAUUGGACAAGUGAUGGGGUUUGUGACAAGUGCAGUACGCCUUGCAAUGUUUGAUAAGGAACAGGCUGUGCUUAUGUAUGAUUCACAAGAAUCUCUAAUUGCAGCAUUGGUGUCAUCUGCUGUAAAUAUGCUCAUUUAUGCAUUGCUGUUGUAUGGAGCCCAUGAAGAAAGACCUGCUUUUAUGCUGCCGUAUGUGAUACUUGGGAUGAUUGGCCUUAUCAUCUGCGCUGUGGCUGUGGUUAUCAUAGGCAUCUUCUUUUUUGUGGAAAACAUUAUUAUUGCUGGGGUGGUCGUGCUUAUUCUUGGUGGACUGACUAUGGCACUAGCGUCCUUCUUCUGGCUGGUUAUCUACAGUUAUUAUCGGCAACUUGAAGAACGUCAGCAUCUGCGUCCUGCCCCUCUUGAUAUAUUUGUUGCUGGGAAGACAAGUGAUCAAGAAUAGCAACCAUAUUAUGGAAUUCUGCAUAAUCAGAGUGGAGAACAGAAAGCAGCUUAAUAUGCUAUGGAGGAAGAAAACUUGAUAUUUUUGUAAUUAUUUCUUUAUGUGACAUUUUUGGUAAGAGAUUAUUUCACUGUUCUUAGUCUACUAUUUUCAGUCUUUCAGUCAAAAUAUGCUGGUCAUCAGGCACUGUUUUUGUUUCUGUGAUGCACAUCAGAGCUUCAAAUAUGGUGCUGUUUUAUACGUUAUGAACACUACGUGAGAUAUUUCUUUGUUUUGCUAAUAUUAUUUGUGCUUCAUUCUGGCUGAAUAACUUACGGAUAUUUUUUGUUGUUCUUGUCAAGCACUGUACCAUUCUUGACAAUCUAUGUAAAUACAUGGGUGAUACAGUAAGCUACAAUUGGAUAACUUGCCACAUUCAAGUCUAAAUUACUGAAUCACACAAAGAAUGAAACUCAGUGACAUGAAGCACUGAUAACAAGUGAAAUUACUCAUCAAACUAAGGUAAUGAGAAUAUUAGUAAAUAUUUUCACUAUGCAUACAAUUUUUGGAGUACAAUGAUUGGUUCAAAUGCAAGUUUACUAGAAAUUGGUUAAUUUUUAACUAUUUCCAUAGCCUGUGUUUACAAAAUAAAAUAGUAAUAAUAUAAUUUCUACUUUGAACCACAGGAAAAAGAAAUUGACAAAAUCUAAAGUUUACAGGUUAUUUUCAAAGAAGAAAAUUCAGAAACCUAACAUGUUUUGUGCUUUAUAAUUAUAACUGAAGAGGUUAUGUAAAUGUUCUUUCUCUCUACCAUAUCAAAACUGGUUCUCCAUACAUGUUCUUUCCAUUAACAAAAGGUGCCAGAGAAACAGUGAUGUAAUGUAAAUAGAUCAGAAUCAAUAUGAAUACAUAACAGUAAACUUUUAAGAUGGCAAGGGAACCAUUUUAGACAAAGACUAAUGAUAAUGUGUAUUAUAAUAUAUUGACUUGGCUGGGAGCAGUAAAUUACUCACCAGUUUAAGUACAACAAAAACUUUCCAUCUAAAUCAUCCACUUACUUCAUAUGAAGACUUCAGAACCCUAGAAACUAUGGCCAACACCUUUCCCUCGCCAUGUAACAACAAAAUUAGGUUAUCUAUACUCAUGUAAACAUCAAGUUAAGAACAGAACAAGAAAGAAACUCCACAAACUGAUGA